AUGACGGCAAGUGUUGCCACGAUUAGUGUGGUCACUUCUACCGCAUCGGUGGGACCACCUCUACCACGCAAACCCCACAUGGCUGCAGAUGAAAACGACAUCCGCAGUUCUACAAACGGCAUUGCAGCAGUCGCUGUGGCCCCGCAACCGAAGGUAGUGCACAGCAACGAAAAGUCAAUGAGUGUUGAUGCUCUACCCAUUGCAGGGAAGGGGAGCGAGACGGAGCGCGUAGUUUCCAAAGCUGUUGCAGCCUCUGCCGGCGAAAGGCCUUCUCGUGGAGAGAAUGAAGCGAAAAGUCGUCCUCGCUCAUGUUCACGUGAAAGCGACCCUGGGACUAUGCUGUAUCGUGAAUCUAGCGAGCUAUGCACCACAGAGCCCCAGCUCGAGACGUCUGUUGCCCCAGGUGCCACUUCUAGCAGCGCGUCCGGCAUUGCAGAUGCAGUGGUCAAGGCGGAUACAGCAUUCAACGUUAAGCCGCACGCCAACAAUGCAACGCCUUCAGUAUCAGCUGCAGUAGAAGAGCAGAACAAAAAGUCUGAGCACGGGCUAGUGGAGGACCUCACAUGGGAAAAUCCUCGCCCCUUGAAACGAGCAAAAAAGCCGAGUCGCGAUCACGUCAGCCUCCGCAAGUGGGCUCAGGAUGAAUGUGGUCGUUUAUUGGAGUAUCCUACAUUCCCGGACUCGCCAAAGCCGAUAUCACUGCGAGCAUACGAAAGCAAGGCGAUGACGUUCAGUGAGCGUAUGCGAAAGGCUCUGGUUCAUGACAAGCGUGUGAACAAGGACGUGCUGCGUCUUAUUGAAGAGAAAGCAGACGAGGAUUGGACACGGAACCCAGAUGUGUUGGAAGGCUUCUUCUGGGAGAUUCUACACAAGGGCGUUAAUGGGAAGCCAAUAGCAGUGAAUUACGGUGUUGACGUAGAGGCGGAAGGGGCAUACAAGGGCGAGUCGUAUGUGGAAUGGUACGGCAUGGAUGAUACCGGUCGUCUGGUUAAAAAAGAGAAGCGCCCUGUAACCGGAGGCAAGAAGGAAGCCUCCAAGGCUGAAGCUACUGUGACUAGCGCCCCAGCCAAACCAGAAGACAUCAUCGAUGAUGAUGAGAGAAGGCGUUCGAAUAAUGGAAAGCCCUCUGCACAGCGAUGCAAGAAACGGAAGCGAAAAGUAGAAACCUCUUUUGCCGACUUUCCCGGCCCCAAGUGCCAUGUCGGCAAUCUCAACAUGAAAGGUCUUUUGCGUCACAUGCCGCGUAUGCCGGGAGUGAACCACUCAAUGUUCUACGUCGGUCACAUGUUUACGCGAUUUUGUUGGCACACCGAGGAUGCCUUUUUGAAUUCAGUUUCCUACCUUCACCGCGGAAGCGCUGACAAGAUUUGGUACGCUAUACCUCCGAAAUACGCAGAGGCCUUCGAGACAUAUGCUGCCGAGAAUAUUUUCAGUGAUCGGCUGGCCAAGGACCAGCCUUCUGCACAGAGAUCUCUGAUGUGCAAGACAACCAUCUUUGAUCCGAGGGAACUGAAAAGCCGAGGGAUUGAAUGCUAUCGUAUUCGGCACAAGCCAGGUUCCUUUGUAUUGACAGCACCUCGUGCUUAUCAUGCUGGAUUCAACUGCGGUUUCAAUAUCGCCGAGGCUGUGAAUUUUGCCAACCCAGGAUGGUUCCCAGUCGGCCGACAAGCGUCCGUCUGUGCUCGCCGAGGGGCCUAUACUUUGAUUGUGCCAUACGAGUACCUCCUGUUUCAUGAGGCCAAGUCGCUACGAGAUGCGCACCUGGCUACUACGAACAUAGAGAAAAUACCGCCACGCGCAAGGAGCGAUGCUCGCAUCCUUGCCGGCGAGCUUGGCGCAGUGAUGGAAGAGGGGGAAAAGAGGCUGAGGGAAUACGCUCAGUCGAGCAACUGUCGGAUCGCCAUGUUGAACGACGUGGAUGGGCUUGUCAAGAACAAUCAACUGGGACCCGAGUUUGGACCUGGUGCUGGGGUAGUGUGUAGCAUAUGCAAGCACGCUUGUCAUUUUUACGCUGAGAUCUGCGGCAGUUGCCCCGACAACCGUGAGGCACGAUGUGUAUCUCAUUUUGGGCGCAAGUUUAGUUCUCGCUGCCGACGAGCAGGACACAAGCCUGUGCUGGUCAGGAGGCAUGAUCCUGUGCUUCUUGGGGAUCUUCUCUCUCGCCUGGAAGAUAUGGCUGGUGUACAGACGAGCACCGAAAAACUUUUGCGUAGAUACAGAGGUUUUCUUCGGACGUGGGAAACGCCGCUUCGGAGCUCUGGGCUUCGGUUGAAGUUGAAUUUGAAGCUGGCCGCCUCUCGUGCGCCACCGACAAUACAGCAGAAAGAAAGGCGAAGAAAGCCUGUCAAGCGAUCGGAACAGCAGCAGCGGAAGCGAGAGCUUGAGGAGGAUCCCGAUUUUGAACAUGAGAAGAAGAGGAGAAAGUCAGAGGCGGGGCGCAAGUUGAAAUCUGCUAGACAGAAGGAGACUUCUGCCGGACGACGAAAUCAAGACGCGGCGAGGCGCAAGUCGGGCUCGCGGGCAUCCUCCAAAAAGCGGAAACGAGAAGACGAGGUAGCGACAGUCGCAAGCCUAGCAUUGCAGCCCGAAAUGGAGACGCAGUCGGUCGAGUACAUGGACGCCGUCCUCAAGCCGCAACCGGUCAUGGCCAUUCUUGGCUCUGCCAAGGCGCGCGACGACGACUACCUAGACGUCGCCAAACCAUAGUUUGUGGUUUGUGCGCACCCCCCCCCCCCCCCCCUCCGCGUGCCUCAGCGGCAGCGACAGCACGGCUGUCUAUGUUGUGUAUGUUGUAUAUAUAUAUGCUCGAGCGCAUCGCCUCUUCCAUGCGACGAAGCGCAUCAUGAAGAAGAGUUGUAAACAUUGCAUUACCCCUCGACGGGCAGUAGUGAUUUUUUUGUU